GAAUGGCGAUAGUUCACUAGCCGUCAGUAGACCAAUAAAUUUAUUAUUUAAUGUUUGAAAAUGUUAGAUCAAACUUACAAUUACAGUAACGAACCAAUUAGAUAGUGUUGUGAUACGGAAACAUAUUGGUUUCCCGCUUUUUGACAAUAAUAACUUUAAUCAUGUCGAGCAGCCCUUUCCCAUACACGUGUGAGUUAUGCGGGGCUGAAGGCCUCACAGACGAGGGUAUGCGGUCGCAUACUCUGGAGGCCCACGUGGCCGGAAGACCAGACUGCCCCUUCUGUGACUGCACCGUCCCGCAGCCACAGCUCGUAGGACAUGUACAACGAGCACACCUACAUUACCUGACGCCGGAAAGAGAACUCAUGGCGUUCAUUGAUGAUCAGAGCCCAAGUUUCGAAGAAGAUUCCAAAAUGACGACAACAGAUAGCUGCAGUUACAACACGCCGGGCUCUAUGAACGGUUGGCACAGCCCCGAGGCGGCGUCCUACCACAACGGCGCCAUUUCAAAAAACUACUACAACGGCUUCCAAGACAAAGAUAAUUAUAGAGAAAAAGAUGACGAUAAAUACUCUCGCUCGCCCAAAAAUAUAAACCUAACCAACGGCAUGAAAAGCAUGAACAUUAAUAAUACAGCGAAAAAGAAAUGCAGCAGAGAGAACUCCAUCGACCGCGAUUACAUUAAUGGACACGAUAAAAAAGCUGCACAUACUAACUCAAACCAUAACAGUAACGAUAGCUCACCAAACAAAAAUAAACUAACAAUGGCAAGUGCAGGUCAAGGGUCGCCUCUCAGGUCACAACUGGCACUUAAACUGAAGUCCAAUACACCUAAAAAGAAUGCGCCAACGCCUAGCCCAACAGUGCAGUGUCUUCUAUGUGACUUUAAGUCGACAUGUCCAAGAAAACUCGAAGAGCAUAUAAACCGGGCUCAUUUUGAUUUAACUUCUCCCUCAGUGUUGGGAAAUGCCAAUGAUAACUCCAAUAUUACUAACAACGCCACACUAAGUCUUAGUAACGCCACCAUAACCCUGGAUAAUCCAACCCUGGCGUUAAGUGCUAUGUCAAUGUCACCAGGACCGCAUUCCUCGAGCUACCAAUGUCCUAUAUGCGAAGUCGAAUUUUCCAAUGGGUCGGAAGUCGAGGUUCACGUCAAUGUUGAGCACAGGGAUAUCUUAAGCCCACAGAAAUCUGAUCAAGCAGACAAUGCCUUGUGUGAUGAUGUAGUUAUGAUGGAAGAGAGUCCUGUCAGUAACUGUCCUGUCUGCUGUCAACCAUUGCCACUGUCACAACAUGAGUUGAUUCAGCACAUAGAAGAACAUUUCGAGAGAGGUGAAGAUGGAACGGAUUCAGUGACGGCUGCUGAAAGAGAAGCUCAGAAAAACAGAGAGGAACAGGAGUUUCAACUGUUAAAAGCUCAAUAUGGUAUGGAGGAAGACGAGGAAGGUUAUACCAGCCGGGCUGCCAGCAGUCUUAAGAGGGCCGUGUACAGUGGAGCCCUAUCCGUGGCAGGGUACUAUGAGCGUAGUGUUGGACUUAAGAAGGCCUCCGCUCAGGGCGUAGACGCCGGUUGCUCUAAGACUAAUGGUAUAUUAGAGAGGAUAGCACAAUUGAACGCUCAGAACCCGAGCAUUGUUAAGACAUAUCUAUGUAGUGCCGUGGACCACUACGCUAGCACCUACGGAGACAGAGGCUGGGGCUGCGGUUACAGGAACAUGCAAAUGUUACUAUCUUCUCUAUCCCGCCACGGGCCGUACUCAGCUCGACUGACAGAGGGUUUAGGGGGCGCGGAGGGUGCAGGGAGUGCAGGGUGCGUGGGGGGUGCAGGCUGCGUACCAUCUAUACCCAGCCUUCAACUGCUCGUGGAAAGAGCAUGGCAGUUGGGAUUUGAUACCCAGGGGUCAGAACAGCUCGGCUGCAAACUUCAUAACACAAGGAAAUGGAUCGGAGCCUGCGAGGUGGUCACCGUACUAUCAUCACUGAGAAUACGCUGUCAGUUGAUAGACUUCCAUAAACCGACGGCGGCUGACGGCUCCCAUCCUGCACUCUUCGACUAUGUCCUGAGAUACUUCACACACGAUCCAAACGCUUUCAAACCGCCGUUAUACCUUCAACAUCAAGGUCACUCCAGAACAAUCAUUGGCUACGAAAAACACAAGGACGGUAAGGCGACACUGCUAGUUUUGGACCCGUCGCAUUCCCCGGCACAGGUGCGACAGGUGUCUGUGGGGUCGUGGUCGUCAGCGGCGAGCGCGCUCCGCCUGCUGAGACGAGGAGCCCCUGCGCUGCGAGCGAGGCAAUACCAGCUGCUGUGUGUGGACGGACUCAUUACCACCGACCAGGAGUACCAGGCCAGCAAAGUCCUCCAGUCUGUCCGCGUUCCCUAGUUCAAGAAUAUAUCAGCUGUUUUAUAAAACGGACUCAAUCAAUAGUUAUAAUUAAUUUAUAUAUGUUUCAAUCUAAACUAUAAGUUCCUUGUAUAUUUUGUUCAUAGUACUUUCUAUCAAUGAUCGUAUAUCUUGGGAUCUCAUAUAAUUCCCCUUAUUUACUACCUCACUAUUAUUUGUCAGUCGUUUGUUAUAAUCAGUUAAACAACGAUAUCUGAUUAAAAAUUAAUUCUAGUUUAAAAUCUAACGCACUGUUUUAUAUGUUCAAAAGUUUAAACAAAUUUAUUUAUUUAAGUGUAUGAACGGAUAUUAGUUGCAAUCAAAUGAUCAAAAAAGCUAUUAAUUUAUUUAUUUCUUUAAUAUAAAAAAAAUAUAUAUAAAAUUUUAUUUAUAACCUAGUCGUAAUAUUAGUCCUAGUACACAUGUAAUGAAUGCUUUAAGGCAUUGCCUUCGAUCGUGUAAGUAAAGCUUAAGGUCACAUAAUUUGCACUCACGAUAGUUCCUAAAGGAAUUGCAAAUAGAUAGGUUGAAGGGUUUUAGGCGAGUUGUGUGGGAAUUGUUAUUAUAAAAUAAAAUAAAAUUGGUUGAACCUUUAUUAAAUUAUUUCAAGGGAAAAUGUAAGGAAUGCUUUAAACUUAAUAGUAUUUAAUCACAACAAUAAAUUAAUGAAAUUAAUAUUUUUGAUUCUCACUAACGUCGGUUCUAAGAAUCGGAUAAUUCAAUUUUAUUCUCGAAAAAAAAAGUACUCGUAUAAUAGCUUGUUGAAUGUAAAGGUGAUUUUAUUUUAUUGUUAAAAUUAGAUUCCUGAUCGUUUUAUUUGACGUCACAGCGCCCGAUCUUUCUAUUUAACAUUUGACAGUGACAGUUAAUUUGAACUGUCAAAAUUUUAUCGAAAUGUAAACAGUUUGUUGAAUGUCAAUUAUUGGACAAAAAAAAAAUUUAAAAAUAUUAUCAUAUUCGGUUAGUUGUUGUGUAAUUUUAGUGAAACGACCAAUGGUUAUUCGUCUAGGAUUGUUGGUAGAUUUGGAAACGACUUGGAAAAUUGUGUCACAUUUUAUAUCGCUUCCCCGUACCGUGAGCGACUUUGUGUCGAUAGUCUCGCUUGGGUCAUUUUGUUUGGACGCCGGCUCGUGGUUGUGGUCGGUGCAGUACUCGGUAGACGUGAAUUAAAUGACGUAACUAUUGAUUACAUUAUGUGUUAAAUUAUUUUGAAUCGAAUAUUUUUGUAAGCGUCACCGAGCCGUUUCUUCAGUCGGCUGUAAUAUGAACGUAGGCUAACAGCGCACUCAUUCAUGUGAUAUUGAUUCAGAAUCCGCUUGUAUCUUGUGAGGUGAACGUUUCGAUGCAAGUCCGAGCACCCUGUAUAGUGAUGUGACCUCGGGGUCGCGGGAUGUUACGCUUCAGUCACCGAUAUAGAUGUUCUGUGAUAGAUGUGAGGUCAGCGACCUGAAGGGUCGAGUGUUCUGGUCAGGAGAGUAGAGCCGGGAGCUUGGUAGGAGCAGCUAGGCUGUGCUACAAUGUUUCUUCAAUAAACUAUCAUAAGUUACAGAA